CUUUAAGAGAUCUAGUAGGCAACUUUAAACAGUGCCAGAUAUUCAUGUAUAGAUUUUACAACAGAAAUUAAAUCCCAACCAUGGCUGAUGUGCCACAAAAUCUGACGCCACAUCAGCUGCUUGUCGAUGAACUGUUUCCAGAGAAGAUGAACCUGAACCGAUAUCAGCGCGAUCUGGCCGAUCAAGUGAUCUUGGCCAUCUGUCAGGGGCACUACCACGAGGCGAAGCGCAUCCUCAAAACUCAACGUCAAGGCUCCAGGUCCCUGCCACCAUGGGACACGCUCAUUCUUGGCGGGAUCGUGCUCCGGCUGCAGCUUCGUCGCAAACUGUUGCUGGGCGAAGAUAUGAAUAUGAUCGACGAGUUGGACGAUAACCAAAUUGCCAUCAUGGCUAAGCUCAUCCAGAACCCAGAGCUGGCCUUGGCUUACAACCGGGUGCUGGAGAAGUUCUAUGAGAAAAUAGAGCGCACGCUUGGGGAAGUGAAUCCGAAUAUAAACAAACAGCUGCGCCACUGGGAGCGUAUCCUGCAGCGGCAGAUCGUCGAGGAGGCCUACUACAGACGAUUCCUAGUGCCCAUUGCUGUGACGAUCAUUUCCCUUGUCGUUUGCCUCGUCGGCAUUUGGCUGUGAGGCGGCCACUCGCAGAAGGAAAGUGUUCUAGGGUGGGUGGGGGAAUGGAAUGGCAAACAACGAAAUACUUUCACCUGCUGCUCCAGACGAUUCAAUUAAAUGCAAUUCGCACGCACACAUGUGACUGCCGGGAGUACGGGGACUCCUUGGCCUGUCACGGCGCCUUCUCCCGUUUGAAAAAUAGAUUUCUAAA